AUCACACACUAUACACACACCCCAUUACACACACACUAUCACACACUGUACACACACCCCAUUACACACACAAAAUGACAUCACCGAGAGAUUCACCGAGAGAUCCACACAGUGUGCAUGCGGAGUGUGGAUGUUUAUCAGAUGGAGAACGCGGCGGAUCCUGAACCGGAGCCCAUCAGGCUGAAAUCUCUCAAAACCAGCAGGAGCUUCACUGUUCCACACACCGAGCGGUUGGGGAACUGCAGGAGUGUCAAAGAGUUUGAGAAGCUGAACCGCAUUGGAGAGGGAACAUACGGCAUUGUGUACCGAGCCCGUGACACACGCACACAUGAGAUCGUGGCCCUUAAGAAAGUGCGCAUGGAUAACGAGAAGGACGGGAUCCCUAUCAGCAGUCUGAGAGAGAUCACGCUGCUCCUCAGACUCAGACACCCGAACAUCGUGGAGCUGAAGGAGGUGGUGGUGGGGAGUCAGUUAGAGAGUCUGUUUCUGGUGAUGAGUUACUGUGAGCAGGACUUGGCCAGCCUCCUGGAGAACAUGCAGUCUCCCUUCUCAGAGGCACAGGUGAAGUGUAUCGUUCUGCAGCUGCUCAGGGGUUUGGUGUAUCUUCAUCACAACUUCAUCCUGCACAGGGAUCUGAAGGUGUCCAAUCUGCUGAUGACAGAUAAAGGCUGUGUGAAGAUCGCGGAUUUUGGCCUGGCACGUGUGUAUGGCGUCCCCCAGCAGCCCAUGACCCCUAAAGUGGUGACACUGUGGUACAGAGCACCUGAGCUCCUUCUGGGCAGCAAGACACAGACCACUGCACUGGACAUGUGGGCAGUGGGAUGUAUCCUGGCUGAACUCCUGGCCCAUAAGCCCUUGUUGCCGGGCAGCUCAGAGAUCCAACAGCUGGAUCUGAUUGUGCAGCUGUUGGGAACACCGAAUGAGAACAUCUGGCCGGGCUUCUCGAGGCUCCCCCUGGUGGGUCAGUACAGUUUGAGGAAACAGCCGUACAACAACCUGAAGAACAAAUUCACCUGGCUGUCAGAGGCUGGACUCCGCCUCCUCAACCUGCUCUUCAUGUACAACCCCCAACGCAGGGCCUCAGCCAAGGACUGUUUGGAGAGCUCGUACUUCAAAGAGAAACCACUGCCGUGCGAGCCGGAGCUCAUGCCCACCUUCCCUCACCAUCGGAACAAGCGGGCGGGGCCUGUAGCCGAGAGCCAAUCAAAACGGAGCAAAGCGGGCCACUCCGUCGCAUCCUGAUCCUCGACACCCAAUCAGAAACGAGCUGUAGCCUUGGAACCAAGAGCCAAUCAGAACAAAGCACCUCCUUCCUCUUAACAGCCAAUCAGACAGAAGUGAAGUGUGAUAACAGACUUUAGAGAUUAGAGCUUCCACAGCACAGGUAACACAUGACUGCUCAGGUGUGUGUGUGUGUGUGUGUGUGUGUGUGUGUGUCUGUGUGUGUGUGAGAGAGAGUUCCUGAGGAGGAGAUCACGAUCCUCUCGUGUGUGUUACUGAGCAUUAGUGCUAACUGUGUUUACAGAGACGAUUACCCAUGAUGCACCCUGUGGUUCUCACAUUCAGGGUCGGUCAGUAUUGUUGAGUGUGAGUGUGUGUGAGUGUGAGUGUGUGUGUGUGUGUGUGUUUGUGUGUGAGUUAAUAAUAAAUGUUCACAGCGUGUCUCACUGUGUACGAUGUUAUUACACUCGUGUAUUUAUUACGACGUCGCUCCACCCUGAAACCCCGAAACCCUGAAACCCGGAGUGAAGAGAAAGUUCCUGAACACUAAUCCCACCCGGCUGAAGGUUUCAGAAGGUCCAAAGCCUGUCAGAUGUCUCCUGACUGACUGUGAGCCUGGGCCAUCGACCUCCUGGCAGGUACAGCGCCCCCUAGGGGUAAAAACUGUCCCUGCUGGAGCAGGAGCAGAGCUGGAGCUGGAGCAGGAGCAGAGAUGGAGCUGGAGCUGGAGCUGGAGCAGGAGCUGGAGCAGGAGCAGAGCAGGAGCAGAGCUGGAGCAGGAGCAGAGCUGGAGCUGGAGCAGAGCUGGAGCAGAGCUGGAGCGUUUACCCCGUGAUUAGCGGAUUGUGUGUUUGAAUCCAGCUGAUUGUUUUGAAUCUCAGUAAAAUCUCAUUUAAGGAAAAAUAUUUCUGAUAAAGUUGAUACCUAAAUGAACCUUAAUCUCCAUCCACCCUCCACCCCUCCACCCCUCCACCCUCCACCCCCUCGCCACUAACAGCUCAUGUUGCUAAAAUAAUCCACACAAAUGAUAUUUUCUGUACAAAACGUUCAAGUCCACAGUUCCAUUAAAUGUGUUAAUAAAUAAUGAGAUAAUAA